CGCCGACCCGAACACCUCCAAUGCGAAGCUAACAGGCAUUAGCUACCGGGAGCGGACAUGUUUUGACCGACCCUUUCUUGAAUAAACAUCGCCGUAAGUGGGGAACCGGGAAUUUAAGGGAAGGCUCGGAACGUCUGGCAAUCAUGGAUGCCGUCAACGCCUUUAACCACGAGUUGUUCUCAUUGAUGGACUCCAAACCCCCAAUAUCUCGGGCAAAAAUGAUCUCCAUCACCAAAUCUGCCAUCAAAGCUAUGAAACUCUACAAACAUGUGGUCCAGAUUGUAGAAAAGUUCAUAAAAAAGUGUAAGCCUGAGUAUAAGGUAGCAGGCUUGUAUGUGGUGGAUUCCAUUGUUAGACAGUCCAGACACCAGUUUGGACCAGACAAGGAUGUGUUUGGUCCAAGGUUCACCAAAAACAUUACAGGAACUUUUGAGAACCUCUGCCUUUGCCCCAUAGAAGACAGGAGUAAGAUUGUGCGGGUGUUGAACCUGUGGCAGAAGAACGGGGUGUUCAAGAUAGAGGUUAUUCAGCCCCUCUUGGAUAUGGCAGCUGGCUCUAGCAGUGGUGCUGCAUCCAACACAGGCACAGAUGAGCCAGGUUCUCCACCACCUCCAGCCAAAGAGCCAGUUACAGUGGUAACGGCAAACUCCACCAUGACAUCUGCUACUCAGCUGCAUAACUCUGACGCCUUUGCUGCUGUGGCACAGCUCUUCCAGACUUCACAGGGUCAGCAGCUUCAACAGAUGCUGCAGAACUUUCAGCAGCAGCCAGUGAAGCCUGAGGCCAAUACCCAGCCUCCACUCCAGACUACCCAAACACAGGCCCCAAAUGUCUCCAUUGGACUAGGCGUGGUUGUGCCACAACCUCCCCUUCCCUCCCAGGCUACCCAACCAACCCAGCCUGCCCAGCAGAAAACAGCGUUUGACAAGAAAUUGCUAGACCGGUUUGAUUAUGAUGAUGAACCAGAAGUUGGAGAAGAAACAAAAAAAGAUGAAAUCUCUUCUCAGCCCCCUUUUAUGCAGCAGUCUCCAGCCUUCCCACAGCACAUGGAGCACUUUAAACCCCAGAUUAUCAUGUCACAAGAGCUCUCACAACAGGUUCCCCUUCCUCCUAAUGGUCAGCUCCAGGUUUGUGGUUUACCGCCAGGACAGAGCUUUCCUGCUGCGAUGCCUCCUAUGGGGCAUGCACUGCCAGGGCUGCCCCUCUCUGGUUCUUCUGGGCCUCCAGGCUUCCCUGGGGUCUACCCUCCCCAGAAUGCAGCACAGCAACAGCAGGAUUUGUCAAUGGAUGUGGACCAUUCAUCCAUGAGAGAUGGCAGACAUGGCCGAAGAUCACACUCAGGCUCCAGAUCUCCAAAGCGAAGGAGAUCACGGUCCAAUUCCCGUACACGUCGAUCCAGGCACAGGCGAUCCCGCUCACGCUCCAGAGACAGACGCCACCACUCACCGCGCUCACGCUCGCAGGAGCGCCGGGAGAGAGAGAAAGAGAGAGAGAGACGGCAGAAAGGCCUUCCACCAAUCAAGAGCGAGACAGUGAGCAUUUGCAGUACAACUCUCUGGGUGGGCCAGCUGGACAAGAGAACACAGCAGCAAGAUGUUGCCUGUUUACUAGAGGAGUUUGGGCAGAUAGAGUCAAUCAAUAUGAUCCCUCCACGUGGCUGUGCUUAUAUUGUCAUGAUACAUAGGCAAGAUGCCUUCAGGGCUCUACAGAAGCUCAGUAGAGGAACAUUCAAAGUUAACCAGAAAGCCAUCAAGAUUGCUUGGGCUUUGAACAAAGGCAUAAAGGCUGACUUUAAGCAGUACUGGGAUGUGGAGCUGGGUGUCACCUACAUACCUUGGUCUAAAGUCAGAGAGGAUCAGUUAGAGGAGCUCAAAGAAGGAGGCAUGCUUGAUUUGGACUCUUUAUCACCAGAGUGGAGUGGGGCAAGGAAGGCACUUGACCACCCAGAUGAGCUCACACACAAUGGCCGUUCAGAGCAACAGCAGCCAGAGGAGACACAAGGAGUACCUGUGCCUGCCCCAGUUGCUCCUCCUGCACAGGUCCCUCCAAUGCAGCAGCCAAUGGUUGGUGUGGGUUCUCUCCAGCCUCCUGUAUUUCCUGGGCACAUAGGCAUGCCUCCACCUUCCUUCCCUCCAGGUGUCCCCCCUCCUCCUUUCAUCAGACCUGGCUUCAACCCAAUGCAAAUGCCUCCAGGUUUUCCUCUCCCAGGCUCUAUGCCCCUUGGCCCCCCUCCUCCUUCCAAAAGUGGAGUUGAGGAACCCCCUCUAGAUCCAGCAGGUCUGGGCAACCGGAAGAAUGACGAGGCCCUUGAAGGUCCCAACAUCUUUAAUAACCAGAUGGGAUCUAUGGUUAACCAGGUAGGUUUGCCUCCCGGUGCUCCUCCAGGCGGACCUCUUGGUGGUCCUCCAGGCGGACCCCUAGGUGCUCCUCCAGGCGGACCCCUAGGUGCUCCUCCAGGUGGACCUCUAGGUGUUCCUCCAGGCGGACCUCCUGGUGCUCCUCCAACUGGACCCCCAGGCGGACCCCCAGGUGGCCAUCCUGGCAGCAUCCCACCCCCCUCAGGCGGUCUCCUAGGGGCACGGCCUGGCUUGAUCCCCCUCCAGCGUCCUCCUGUUCCCCCACCAACACACAUGCAGCGUUUUCCACCACCCCAUGGCCCAAGGCCACCUCACCCUGGCAUGCCCCCUAUGCCCCCACAAAUGAUUCCCAGGGGGCCACACCCACAAAUGAUGCAGCACCAUGAGCCUCCUCCAACUAAAGGAGGCUUUGGGAUGCCCCCUCUUCACAAUUUAAGGGCUCCUUUCCCUCAUGGACAUGGCCCACCUCCUCAGGGUCCUCCUCCUUUUAUCAGACCGGGUGGUCCUCGGGGUCUAGAGGGGCCAGAAGAAAUGGAUAGCAGACCAUUCAGGGGAGACAGGCCUGGAUUCAGGGACAGAGAGAUAGAGAGGGACAGAGACUGGGAUCGAGACAGGGAUAGAGAGAGAGACAGAGGUUUUGGAGGUGGCAGGCGCCCAUUUGGCGAUGGAGGGAGAGGAGCGGGUGGUGAUAAAAUGGAUGGGAGAGACAGGCUUGGAGGCUGGCAGGAAGAUGGAGGCGAUCACCGUAGUGGAGGAUGGGAAAGAGACAGAGACCGAGAUCGAGACCGCGACCGUGAUCGAGAACGGGAUCGUGAUAGAGACCGAGACAGGCGGGACUGGAGGGAGAGGCGAAGCAGCCUCGAUAGCGACAGGGAACGUGGGAGGAGCGAUGAUGGAGAGAGGGAGCGAGCGAGGGGGGAGGGAACAGAAAGAGGAAGAGGAGAAGGAGGAAGUCGCGAGAGAGGCAGAGGAGCUGAAGCAAAAGGAGACAGGCCAAGGCGGUCAGAUCGGCGUGAGAGGACAACACGCUGGGACAAGGAUGACCGUUUAGCCGAACUGGAAAAUAUGGACAGAUAUCGGACCUCUAACAGUACGGAGCAGCCUUGUGUGACCCCUGUGGUUACCAAGGAAACUAGUAAGGAACCAGGUAUGGAAGCUUCUGAAAAGAAGCCAGAAUCAGAACUUAUAGCUCCGCCCCCAGAGGGAACUGCUUGUACAGGAGAUGCGAUGCCCUCUAAGCCGGCUCAAAGUGAGCCCACAGAAACAAAAGAGGAAGCAGCAUCAUAGACUGCUGUGAACCACUGAUGGAUAAAAAUGUGUCUCUGCCAUGAUAGUCGGUCUCAGCUCUUGGCAGAUUAAUUCAAACUAAUCACAGUUUGGUCGUCAUUAAUUUACAGUUUCUGGGCAGUGAGUAAUUUCUUAAAAACAAAAAGAUCUCCCACAAAUGUUGUUAGGCUUAUGAAAAUUGAUGAUUUCAGGCUUUACAUGUCAGAAUUAGGCCUGUGUUUCAAAACAAGUGGAAAUCAGUUUGGAUAAAUGACUGUAGUUUUUCUCCUUCCUGUAAGUUGUAAGAACAGACAGUGUUUGCAUGCUCACUUAGCUCUAUUUCUUUGUUUUUGCUGUAGUUGGCUUGCCAACAAAGGAAACGACUGAUUUGUACGACAUUUCUAUUUACUUCAUGCCCUUAUUUACAGGACGAAAGGAUCUUCUCACAGAUGUAUUGUUUUAGAUAAUUGUUUUUAAUUUGCCAAACUCAUGUCAAACACUGAUAAACUUUUCAAGCAACUUCGUUAUAACUAGGCUUUUUGUUUAAUUAUCUUUUUUUUGUGUGUGUGUGUUUGUCUUGUAAAUCCUCAUUGCAUUUUCACAGCCAGAAAGGCACAAGUUUGAAAGGGAUUGUUGUGGCCUUAAAAUCAAAUCUAAUUACUUGCAGGGCUUGCAAUUAAUUUUUUUUGUUUGUGUUUUUUUUUUAACUGGGAAAUACAAACUUCUGGAUGUUUAGGUAAAGUACUCUUAAAGUUAGAUGUGGAACCUUUGGACUAUGUCCCCACUUUCUGCCCUUUGAAUCACAUCAGAAAGAAUAAAAACAGUCUUCGUUCUUAGUGCAAUAACUGAUGAAUUGGUGACACAUACAGUAUCCCUAAAAGAAUCACUCUAUAACAGGUUUUCCUGCAUAAGUUUUAAAGAUAUGCUAGUACAGGGACUUAGGACUCCUUAGAAUCUGACUUUAUUCUCACAAUUUUGAUCCUAACUUAUUAGUUCUCAAAGUAUUUUAAUUUACAGUUUAGAUGUAAAUUAUAUGAUUCAAACCUGUAUAGUUGGUCAUAACCCAGAACCUAAACUAUAACAGAGGCAGUGUAGAUCUAAAAUAAAAUUUAUGAAGUAGAUUAAGCUUGAUAUUGGCAUGUGGUCAAUAACAAGCCAGAGGUAGGCUUUUGUUUUAGAAGUUGGCAUGAUCUAAACAUUCAGAAAUUGUCUUGUUAAAAUAAAGAUCCUUUGUAAACAAACUGAUUUGUCACCUUGAGUAACAGAUGAUCAAAAAUAGGAACAAAGAAGAAGCUCCUGGUAAAGAAUUAUUACCAUCUGUCAAAGUUUCAAAACAAAUGUUUGUAAUGUGCAAGAAAAAUGCCACUGAACUUUUUCCCCCUCCAGUUCAAAACACCUUUACCUAUGUAUGUGUGUGUGGGUGCGUGUUUUUUUUUUUCUUUCCCCUUAGCUAAAGAAAGAGGAGCUUCAGAAUCAACAGAGAAAUAUUUUAUUAUUAUUCAAAAUGUGCAAAUGUUCACGUCCCAGCUUGGAUUAUUAAGCAUUUUGUAUAACCCUGUGAGGACAGAGUCAUCUUCUAUGUUGAGACGUAACCAUAACUCCUAACACUAUGUUUUGCAGGAAAAUAACAUGGCAUUUUUGGGGGGAACAAAUGUAAAUAGCUUUAGAUGUGUGUCAGUAUGUUUUGUUUUGUUUUGUUUUUCUCCCCUGAUUGCUGAGACACGGGGAGAACAAUUUUCGCAAACCAAAAAUCUGAUAACAUAUGGUUAGGGGUCAGGGUCAGGGUUUCUUGGACUCCUUACAAGGAUAGAUACAAGUUUGUGUUCGUGGUUGUUUGUCCCUUUAGUAGAAGUACAUUUUUGGAUCGCACAAGAGUCAUAUUGUCUUUUGGAAGCAUUUUCCAUCUGUCUCGUCCAUCAGUCAAAGUCAUUAAUUUGUUUCGGCUACAUGGAAAUACAGAAUGAAAUCCUGUGGCUAUUUGUUUUUGCUCUUUGAUAAAACACAGCUCACUAACUUGGUCUCUGUUUCACUGAAGACGUACUGUAUCUGAUAAUGUUAAAAUCUCAAGCCCAGAUUCAGCAAGUGCGACACUUGUUCCUGAAUAAUUUCACACUGAGACAACGAGGGUAAAACUAACAUGAUGAGAUGAAGAACUUUGCUUGGGACACUGCUGUAAAUAUGCUUGUAUCACUGACGAGAGUCGCGGUAAUUUCUGUUAAUAAUCUGUGAUUUCUUUAUUGAGAGAAACGUGUUGACUUGGAAGGAACAACAGAGGCCCUUUGCUUUAACAUUUUUAACUCCUAGUGGUUUGAAAAUUGACAGAUGUUUCUAUGAUUUGUUAAAAAACAAAAGACAUGGACAUAAAAUCUUCAAUAUUUCAACCAUAGGAUAUUGUUUUUAAUAAACUAUUUUUGUACCAAA